AUGUUCGUACACUUCUCGAUUUGCGACUCUCAGCCGGACUCGCGUCUCAACACCGUUGCCUUGCUGAUCCAGAGCUCCUGGCGCCGCUCAUCGCGGCGACGGGAGUGUAAAGCUUGCGCCAGAGAUUUUGAGCAGCACUCCGACAUCCUACCAGCUUUUGAAGAGGCCACUCCUGGUGGCAAGGCAGACGGGGCCCGAGCGCGGGUGGAAGGGGGAAGCGGAACAAGCGCGGUUCUGCCGCCUGCUCGCCUGAACGAGAGCUGCUGCUCGCCAACGACCGACGGCAUUGACGCGCUCCCGGCUCAACACGCUGGAAGUGGGCCUCCUGAGCAUCCAUCUGAGGAACAUCACCCCGGCCGGUACGACGCAGAAUCGAAGCCUGAAUGCACAGUAGCUGAUCAUGCGCCUGGUUUCAGGGCGCAGGUCAUCGACAUGACCUCAGCCUCCUCAAAGUUGGACCUUCAGACAGAUGCCGACGAAGCAGGCAGCUGCGCUCCGAGCCUGCCCAGCAUGAUUUCCGAGUGGCAGGUCAUUGAUGAUCGGCAACGGCUGGAGCGUUUCCUGCUACCCGCGGAAGAUGUUGGGGCCUUUGGAUACAAAGUGCUCCCGGAUUGGUCAGAUCCAGAUGGCAAGUGUUCAACCAGCUUUGAGAAAACUGUGCAGCAGUGGCUCUCGGAGAGGCUGAAGGACAAGCUGCGCAAAGACUGCCAGAGGAUAGCCAUAUCCAUCAAGGACAAGCACGGCCAGGUAGCACCUUCCAAGUUGACGGACGGUGAGCUGUUUGUGCUGGUGGCGUAUGCCCUUGACGUGCGGAAGAAACAUUCAGGUCUCUCCUGGGACAUGAACUUUUCUUCAAGACUGUCGAGGGUGGUGCGACGCCAGCCGGAUAGCAUCGACAAAGAGAUGUCCACGUGCCUUCGUUUCUUCAACGAUGCCUUGGACAAGAGUGCGUUGGGUGUUCUGCAAGUAGGACAGGUCUACCUGCCAACUUUUAGCAGCUGGACUCCGAGCGCGGAGAUCGCCUCCCGGGCGGCCGGCGCCGACGGAGGCCUGGUGCGGGUCACGGCCAAGGCGAGCGACCUCUCUGAGAUACGCGAGGCGUGCGGCGAGGAAGGCGGAGAGUUCGUCCUCCAACCGAACUGCCGCUUCAGCGUCGUUGGUGCCAUGGCCGCUGCAGGUAAUGUCGCUGGUCGGCUCAUGGCACUGGAAUUGAUGGAAGCAAAUGCUGAAGACGAGCAUGAUUUCUAG